GCCCAACACGUGUGCGCUUGUUGCGCUCCUAUUUUUCUUUGAUUUAUAACAAAAAGUGUCUUUAAAACCCUUCAAAAUGGGUUCCAGGCGGCCGAUGGACGUGCACAUGUUCCCCUCGGACUUGGAGUUUGCAGUGUUCACCGACCAGGAGAUUCGAAAACUGAGUGUGGUGAAAGUGAUCACGGGCAUUACGUUCGAUGCCCUGGGACACGCCAUGCCCGGUGGCCUGUACGACAUACGGAUGGGCUCUUAUGGCCGGUGCAUGGACCCGUGCGGCACCUGCCUAAAGAUGCAGGACUGUCCGGGCCACAUGGGUCACAUUGAGCUCGGCACGCCCGUGUACAAUCCGUUCUUCAUUAAGCUGGUGCAGCGUCUGCUCUGCAUCUUCUGCCUCCACUGCUACAAGCUGCAGAUGAAGGACCACGAGUGCGAGAUCAUCAUGCUGCAGUUGCGCCUCAUCGAUGCAGGCUAUAUCAUCGAGGCCCAGGAGCUGGAGCUCUUCAAGUCGGAGAUUGUGUGCCAGAACACCGAGGAGAUGGUGACCUUGAAGAAUGGCGAUCUGGUUCACCCAACUAUUGCUGCCAUGUACGAUCUGCUGGCCAAGAACGAGAAGAACUUUAGCAACUCCACCAAGACGAGCUGCUCCCUGCGCACAGCUGUCACCCAUGCGGCGCUCCAGCGGGCGGGCAAGAAGUGCAGGCAUUGCAACAAAUCCAUGCGUUCCGUGCGUUAUAUGCACCGGAGGCUGGUUUUCUAUGUCACUCUGGCGGACAUUAAGGAGCGUGUUGGUGGUGCCACCGAGGCUGGUGGCCAGAACAAGGUGAUCUUUGCGGACGAAUGUCGUCGCUAUCUGCGCCAGAUUUACGCCAAUUAUCCCGAGUUAUUAAAGCUCCUAGUCCCCGUUUUGAACCUUAGCAACACGGAUGCAACGGACGGCGAUCGCUCGCCGGUGGAUCUAUUCUUUAUGGACACUUUACCAGUGACGCCGCCGCGUGCUCGUCCCAUGAAUAUGGUCGGGGACAUGCUAAAGGGCAAUCCCCAAACGGAUAUCUACAUCCACAUUAUCGAGAACAACCAUGUGCUGAACGUGGUGCUCAAGUACAUGAAGGGCAAUCAGGAGAAGCUCUCGGCCGAGGCCCUGGCCGCCUUUGAGAACCUAAAGGGCGGCAAUGCCCACGAAAAGCUGUACAAUGCCUGGCUGGCACUGCAGACCUCGGUGGAUGUGCUGCUCGACGUAAACAUGUCCCGAGAGAUGAAGUCCGCUGAGGGUCUGAAGCAGGUUCUGGAGAAGAAGGAGGGUCUCAUUCGCAAGCAUAUGAUGGGCAAGCGCGUGAACUACGCCGCCCGUACUGUCAUCACGCCGGAUCCCAACAUAAACGUAGAUGAGAUUGGCAUUCCGGAUAUAUUUGCCAGGAAACUCUCGUAUCCCGUACCAGUGACCGAAUGGAAUGUUACGGAGCUGCGCAAAAUGGUGAUGAAUGGACCGGACGUGCACCCGGGAGCGAACUAUAUUCAGGACAAGAAUGGUUUCACCACCUUCAUACCCGGCGACAAUGCAGCCAAGCGUGAAAGCAUGGCCAAACUGCUGCUCUCGAAUCCGAAGGAUGGAGUGAAGAUUGUCCAUCGACAUGUGCUCAACGGAGAUGUGUUGCUCCUCAAUCGUCAGCCCUCGCUGCACAAACCCUCUAUUAUGGCGCACAAGGCCCGGAUUUUGCACGGCGAGAAGACCUUCCGCCUGCACUACUCCAACUGCAAGGCGUACAACGCCGAUUUCGAUGGUGACGAGAUGAACGCCCACUAUCCGCAGAGUGAGGUGGCCAGGGCCGAGGCCUACAACCUGGUGAAUGUGGCCAACAACUACCUGGUGCCCAAGGAUGGCACACCGCUGGGCGGACUCAUUCAGGAUCACGUUAUUUCGGGCGUAAAACUCUCCAUACGGGGCCGCUUUUUCAACCGAGAGGACUACCAGCAACUGGUGUUCCAGGGCCUGUCCCACCUCAAGAAGAAUGUCAAGCUGCUGCCGCCGGCCAUCGUUAAGCCUGCCAAGCUUUGGUCUGGAAAGCAGAUCCUGUCCACUAUUAUUAUCAACCUGAUACCCGAGGGCUAUGAAAAAAUAAAUCUGGAUUCGUUUGCCAAGAUAGGUGGCAAGAACUGGAAUGUGAGCCGUCCACGCCCUGCUCUGUGUGGCUCCAAUCCGCAAGAAAACGAGCUGGCCGAGAGCCAGGUGCAAAUUAGAAAGGGUGAACUGCUCGUCGGGGUGCUGGACAAGCAGCAAUACGGAGCCACCACUUUUGGCCUGAUCCAUUGCAUGUACGAGCUGUAUGGCGGCGAUGUGUCUACCCGCCUGCUUACAGCCUUCACCAAGGUAUUCACAUUCUUCCUGCAGCUGGAAGGCUUUACCCUGGGCGUCAAGGAUAUCCUUGUGACGGACGAGGCGGAUCGAAAGAGGAGAAAGAUCAUCCGAGAGUGUCGCGGUGUGGGAAAUAGUGCCGUGGCCUCGGCCCUCGAUCUCGAGGAGGAACCGCCGCACGACGAGCUGGUGGAGAAAAUGGAGGAGGCCUAUGUGAAGGACACCAAAUUCCGAGUGCUAUUGGAUCGCAAAUACAAGUCGCUGUUGGAUGGCUACACAAAUGACAUAAAUAAAACAUGCCUGCCUGGUGGCCUGAUCACCAAGUUUCCGUCGAACAACCUCCAGCUGAUGGUGCUGUCUGGUGCCAAAGGAUCCAUGGUGAAUACCAUGCAGAUCUCCUGUCUACUGGGACAGAUUGAGUUGGAGGGCAAGCGGCCGCCUUUGAUGAUAUCGGGCAAGUCACUGCCCAGCUUUACAUCCUUUGAGACGUCACCCAAGUCGGGAGGCUUCAUUGAUGGACGUUUCAUGACGGGCAUACAGCCGCAGGACUUUUUCUUCCAUUGCAUGGCUGGUCGUGAAGGUCUCAUUGAUACUGCUGUGAAGACUUCGCGUUCCGGUUACCUGCAGCGCUGCCUCAUCAAGCACUUGGAAGGCCUGAGUGUUCAUUACGAUCUCACUGUGCGUGACAGUGACAACAGCGUGGUGCAGUUCCUUUACGGCGAGGAUGGCCUGGAUAUUCUUAAAUCCAAGUUCUUCAAUGACAAAUUCUGCGCUGAUUUCCUAACACAAAAUGCCACGGCUAUUUUGCGACCCAGUCAGCUGCAGUUGAUGAAGGACGAGGAGACCCUGGCCAAAGUCCAGCGCCAUGAGAAGCACAUUCGCAGCUGGCAGAAGAAGAAGCCGGGCAAGCUGCGUGCCGCCUUUACACACUUCUCCGAGGAGCUGCGCGAUGAGGUGGAGGUGAAGCGACCGAAUGAGAUAAACGCCAAGACAGGACGGCGCCGCUUUGACGAGGGUCUGAUCAAGCUAUGGAAGAAAGCAGACGCCGAGGACAAGGCCCUGUAUCGCAAGAAGUACGCCCGCUGUCCGGAUCCCUCGGUGGCCGUCUACAAGCAGGAUCUGUACUAUGGCAGUGUGUCGGAGAAAACGAGCAAAUUGAUUACCGAUUAUGCCAAGAGGAAUCCCAGCCAAAAGGAAAACAUAGCGGAUAUUAUGCGAGUGAAGACUAUCAAGGCGUUGGCCUCGCCCGGUGAGCCUGUGGGUCUGAUAGCAGCCCAGUCGAUCGGUGAACCCUCCACACAGAUGACACUGAAUACCUUCCAUUUCGCCGGUCGUGGUGAGAUGAACGUGACCCUGGGUAUACCGCGUCUGCGAGAAAUUCUAAUGCUGGCCUCCUCGAACAUCAAGACUCCCUCGAUGGACAUACCCAUUCUACCGGGCCAGCAGGCCCAGGCGGAGAAGCUGCGCGUCAAUCUGAACUGUGUGACUCUGGCGAAUCUCUUGGAGUCUGUUCACAUAAGCACCAGCUUGGCCCUAGAGCCGGAACGGGCCUACGAGUACGAGAUGCGCUUCCAAUUCCUGCCCAGAGCCGUCUACAAAGAAGACUACGGGGUGCGGCCUAAGCAGAUUAUAAAAUACAUGCACCAAACGUUUUUCAAGCAACUAAUUCGGGCCAUUCUGAAAAUAUCCAAUGCCAAAAAGACAACGAAAAUAGUUGUGUUGGAUGACAAAAAGGACGCAGAAAACGAGGAUAAUGAUCUGGACAAUGGUGACGAGGCGGGUGGUGGCGGUGGUCGUAAAGCCAGAGAUGAUGAUGGCGACUCUUCGGACGAUAAUGGCGAUGACGAUGCAACUGGCGUCAAGUUGAAGCAGCGCAAGACCGAUGACAGGGACUAUGAUGACCCAGAUGAUGUUGAAGAACUAGAAGAUGCCAAUGCGGAUGAUGAAGAGGCAGACGAUCAGGAGGACGAUGAGAAGGGUCUGGAUGGUAACGAGAACGCCGAUGGCGAUGACAAGUCCGUGGAGAAGUUGUUGAGCAACGAAAUGGUCAAGGGCUACACCUACGACAAGGAGAGCCAUCUGUGGUGCCAGGUCAAGCUGAAUCUGAGCGUUCGCUACCAGAAGCCCGAUCUGACCUCCAUCAUCCGCGAGCUGGCGGGCAAGAGUGUGGUCCACCAGGUGCAACACAUCAAGCGAGCCAUCAUUUACAAGGGCAGCGCCGAUGAGCAGCUGCUAAAAACAGACGGCAUCAACAUCGGCGAGAUGUUCCAGUACAAUAAGAUUCUCGAUCUGAAUAGGUUGUACUCCAACGAUAUCCAUGCCAUAGCCAGGACGUACGGCAUUGAGGCUGCCUCCCAGGUGAUUGUCAAGGAAGUGAGCAACGUGUUCAAGGUCUACGGCAUCACGGUUGAUCGUCGGCAUUUGUCGUUAAUCGCGGAUUACAUGACCUUCGACGGCACCUUCCAGCCGCUGUCCAGAAAGGGAAUGGAGCACUCAUCUUCGCCCCUGCAACAGAUGUCCUUCGAGUCCAGUCUGCAGUUCCUGAGAAGCGCAGCCGGUUUCGGUCGGCCGGAUGAGCUAAACUCGCCGUCCAGUCGCCUGAUGGUGGGUCUGCCGGUGCGAAAUGGCACUGGUGCCUUCGAAUUGUUGACGAAAAUAUGUUAAUUUGUUUAUAAUAUAAAUGGAACUUUACGAUCUUUUUU